ACUGAAUAACCUUAUAUGUAUGACCCUAUUGUGUGCUAAUGAAAAUAUGAGAACCUCCUCUUGUGGGAAGGUAAUAAUUUGCAUAUCUCAGCAACAUAACAUAAAGCAGUCUUGCAACUGCUGAGAGCAGAAUCUGACGCCUGCCAGAGGGGGGAACAUCCAUUCAUUACACAAGAAGCAUUAAUCAAAGUUUAUUGAAAGCGUGGGCUCAUAAAUUUUACUUUACAAGGAUACCAUCAUUGUCAUUCAAAUCAAGAAGUUGAGAAAAAAAAAAUGAGAAGUGUGGAUAUUUUUCAUUUGUUUAUAUGGAUGAUCUGCCUUCAUACUUUCUGUGGAAUCUUUGCAACCACUGAACUGCCCACUACAAGUAAGUUUAGACAUUCUAGAAUGUCUGCGGAAUAUUCCGAACAGAAUUUUCUAUGCGUUUUAGAGUGUAAAAUCAUAUGUUGUUUUUUUUUUUCUGGUUUGUAAAAGCUGAACUGAAUCGAACGCAACCUUAUGUAGCUAGAUCUCACGAAUAUAAAAAGUUUCUGGAAAAACAACAAACAAAACAAAACAGACAAAACUAUGCUUGACGCAUGCUAUUGUUUACAAACAACUGUAGAAUUUGACUGCAAACUCCUUUUGCUUGUGUGUUCGCUAGAUUUAGCUGAGAAUGUAUGAUAAUCAGUUCUACAUGAUACUUUCUGUAAAUUUUAAACCAGAAGUUGUAACCGCACAAUCUGUAUAACAGAUGCAAAUUCCAUUGAAAAGUUUGUCUUGGCUUUUGAUAAAAGAUAAUCAAGAUAUAUGAGUCAGUGUCUGGGAGUAAUGUUCUGGUUUAUUUUAAAGAGACAUUGCAACAAAUAGCAACUUCCAUUUAAGUCGAACAUAGUAGUAUUUGCAAAAUCCUUGUCCCUUUAAGGAAAGGGAAAUUCCUAAAUUUACUAUGACUCCUAUUUUACUGCUGUGUAAAUAUCCUUUUACAGCCGGAGAACGUGGACAAAUAAAAUUCAAGGGCGUUAUUCGCCAAACAGUGAUUUGUGGUGAUUACCACAAAUAGUCCAAAAUAGCCGUAGAUAAAGAAAUCUUUAGAGACACAUUUUUUUUCAGAUUAUUUCUAUAUUCUAGGGAAAAAAAAGUUAAAUCAUAUUGCCAAGCAUUGAGUUUUAUUUAUUUUUAAUUUAUAACAUAUAUAUAUAUAUAUAUAUAUAUAUAUUUUUUUUUUUUUUUAAUAACUUUGCCCUUGUCCUGUACCAUUUCAGGAGCAUUAAGUGCUCAUAAUACUUCUUGAUAUAUAUCUGUUAUUGCUGUGGCGAAGCAUCUUCUGUACAUGUUUGUGCUUUGUGUGUGUGUGUGUGUGUGUGUGUACGCACAAUUAGUCAUACUGUAGAUAGAUAUACUUUAAUUCUGAAGUUGACAUUUUGAGGGAUUUUACAGUUUGACAGACAGGGGCUUACAAACUAAAUAAUGACUUGUAAAGAAUUUUAAAAAAAUUAAAAAUUAAGGCCAAAAUGUGCACAAUGGACACUUUUGUUUUAUUCUCUAUUUUGACGAUAAGUUUGAAAAUUUGCUUUACAAUUCACUGUUUAGUGAAUAAUUCCCACAUUUUGUACAGAAUAUGUUCAAAUUAUAUAUAUAUAUAUAAAACCACAAUGUGAAUAUAUUCUGCAUGCUAUAUAUAAACAUAAUAUAAAAGACAUUAAGCUCAAGUGCUGGGCGAACCUGCUAAAAAAAAAUUUCCAAGCUUGUAUUCCGGUUUAUUAUGACUGAAAUGCUGGCUUUAGAGGACACACAGUGGUCUACUGUGGAACCCGGAAAAAUAAAUAAAUAAAUAAUGUGAAAGAAGGUUCUGAAUGUGCCCGCUAGUAACCCCUCCAUAGCUCAGGAGUUUGAAAACUUUUUAUCUUAAAUCAAGGUCAUUCAGACUCCACCUAGCUCACCCACCCCCUUUUCUGACUCUCUGAUUGGCUGAAUAAAAACACAGCAUGAGAGGGCUAGUCCAGGAAUUUCAAAAAGCUCUUGGCUCAUAGCAAUUGUGACAUAUGCAGCCCAUUGCUCACUUGUUCUGCUUGGACGCUUUCCCAGACCUAGAAGCCUUGGAGACUAUUUUGUAUUUUCUCUACGUUGGCAAACUGAGCUAAAGUGUAGAACUCAGUCAAUUAUUGCCAAAUACAACUCCAUUGACAGAACACGGAAUUUAGGGUAAAUGUAAUAGUAAAAAGCAAGGAAUUGGACUAAAACAUCUGCACCAGUAGCCAUCUUAAUAAAACAAUUAAAACAAAUAUUACAAUAAAAUUAUAGUAAUGGCUUAGGUUGACAUGCUAGAUCUUUGUGACCUUCCAUUCUCAUAACACUCAGCCAGCCGUGUCUAACCGUGACAGCUAGACAUAUUGCAAAUCAUUCUAGGUAAGGGACUUUAACAAUGUCAUAGGUUUUACUACAUCGUAUAGCACUGUUUAGACCAGGCUUCCUCAAACUCCGGCCCUUCAGAUGCUGCUGAACUACAACUCCCAUGAUUCUCAGUCUAUCUAUUUCAUUCAAAGAAUCAUGGGAGUUGUAGUUCAGCAACAUCUGGAGGGCCGCAGUUUGGGGAAGCCUGGUUUAGGCAAUCCGGCCCAAACCUAGCAAUUAAGCUAUCCUGUUUAUUUCUGGGAUUUUCGAAUGUGAGCAAAAUCGUUUUUCAGAAACAUUUUUUUUUUUUACCUCUAUAGUGUAAGCUCUUUGAGCAAGGUCCUCAUCAACCUAUUGUUCCUGUAACAUUUUGCAAUUAAAUUUCCCCUUUUAUAAUAUAGAAUAAGAUAUAUUUCAGAAUAAGAUGGCGCUAUAUAAACACAGAUUAUUAUAGUUAAUAAUAAUUCAUUUAGAACAUAAAGGGUGUUGUGGGAACGGGACAUACAGUUGCGUGAGUAAGGGGGAUUUGAAAUUGACCUUGAUUAACAUUUAUGACAAAAUAGUUGCAUUGAGUAACAUAUUCAGUUCAUUUUAGGUGGAUAUUUUUUGUAAUGUGACGAUUUGUUUGCUGUAAUUUGCAACUGACUUGCAAAAUAAAAAUAAACACAAUUCGCCAUUUAGUUAAGAGACCCGUGUAUGGCAUUUGUUAAUCACUGAUUAGAGUUUGACUAUUUGGAUUGAACUUUUGUAAGCUUGUUUGAUCAGGGCCCUUAUCUACCUAUUGUUCCUGUGUCACUGUGUAAUUGUUCCAUUUAUUGUAAAUUCCCCCCUCCCCUCCCCUUUCAUAAUAUUGUAACGUUCAGUGGAAUUAGUUGGCGCAAAAUAAAUACCAAUAAUAAUAAGAAGAAUUGUGCUACUAAUGCAAUGCACUAGAGUCUAGACAGAAACAGUAUACAGAGUAGCUAGUUAAGCAGAUUAGAAAUGAAUUCUUGAAAUAAUAAACAGUAUAUUAUGCUCCCACAACGACCAGUUGACAGUUUAAUGGCUGUCAUCUGGUCCCUUUGAGAACUUUAUAUAUACAGCUUUCUCCAGCUAUUUGUCAUAGCAGAGUCAGACUAGGGAUUCUCUUCCUGCACUGUGUUCUGAAAUACAUUGUCGGAUUAUAACAGAUGCUCUGUUGCACAUUGUACAAUUUGUUGUGUUUAUGUUAUGUUGUCAGGAUCUGCAUCAGGAAUCAUUCCGCGCAAACCCUUUUGUUUUCUAAGUUAAUAUUUCCAGUCUCCACCGGCUUCACUUGCCAAUUCUAAGACAAUGUCAACAUUGCUUAAUUCUCUGAACUGUUUCGCUCUUGGCUAAAGUAACUAGGAGUUCUAGGAAAGUGACGUUGGUGUGAAAUGAUACUGCCAAAUUAAAUGCUGGGAAAAUUCCUAUAUUUGAGAUAUAGCAGUUGUAGAUCACUGCAAGUAAUAAAUGGCUGGAUAAAAAUGUUAUUAAAUUUUAAAAAAAUCCAAAGAUUUCUUUUAAGGUAGAAUUCUGAUUUUUACUGCUACUGAAGGUUGUCAAAUACUUUAAUUAUUAUAUAUAAGAAUUAUAUCGUAUAAGAAGAAUUACUGUUUUAAGCAUGCACUCAUUUUUUAAUGUACUGAUUUAUAUUUUUUUGUGAGUAUAUUUGUAGAGUCUCCUUCGUAUACUAACUUUGUAUACUCUGUGUACUCCUAGUAUACUAAUUUAUACCAACUCUUUUAUACUAAACUACUAGUAAUUUAAUUGGUGGAUCAGAGUAUAUAAUAAUCUGUGACCAGAUGUCCAAAAUUUACAUAAAAAACAGCAGUUGAAAAAAAGAUUGAAUCUAGUCAUGUCACACAGGUGAAAUUACAGACUUAAGGAAAUAUCUGCAUGUCACCUUUUGAUACAGUUAAUCCAGUUGCACUUUCACCAUUUAAGCUGACAUUGCUCGACUUGGUCAGGGCUAGAAUAAAAUGCUGACUGUUUUUUUAAUGCUGUCCACGUAGCUACAGCUAGAAACCAAACUGACUAUUUAAAGAGACACUAUAGUCCCCAAAACCACUGCAGCUUAAUGUAGUUGUUCUGGUGUCUAUAGUCUGUCCCUGCAGGCUUUUUAAUGUAAACGCUGAAAACGGUAAACAGUGUUUCACACCAGGGACCUAAACAGCCACACCAGCACUACAGUGUCAGGAAAACAUUUUUGUAGUUUUGUACAUAUUUGACUUUGAAUGGCAUGUUGGCAUCACUGAAGGAACUGAUGUGAUUGGCUGUAACAGUCCAGCCAAUUGCAUUCAGGGCCGGUCUUAGGUGUUCAGGAGCCCUGUGUGAGCCAAUCUUGUGGCGCCCCCCUCGCCAUCUUUGUUUGACCCCCUCUAAACAAUUUCAGCCACAUUCACAAUCUGUCACCUGCACCCCUUCAACAAAACUCUGCCCCUUUCAUCAGCCUCCUGCCCCCUUCAUCAGUCCCCUGCCCCACUUUAUCACCAGCCCCCUGCCCCACUUUAUCACCAGCCCCAUGCCCCCUUCACUAACCCCCUGUCCCCCUUUAUCACUAGCCCCUGCCCCCUUUUAUCACUAGCCCCCUGCCCCCUUCAAUAAAACGCAAUCGUUAUAGAUACACAAAAACAAAAAAAAAAAGCAAUACGGACAAGCACCUACAUUAAAGGCUGCUGCUCCCUGGAUCCAGCUGUACCUUUUUCCCACUCCGUCGAUUCGCCGACUGAAGAGCACCUGCUGCCCUGACACCCACUGAGCGGAUCCUUCUGACACCCACCUUCCUCCUCCACGCUCCUCCUGCAUUCCAAUUCGGGCCAGUUUGUGAGUGACUAUAAGCUGUGUCGGCCACCUGUUGCCCCUGUUGCGAUGGCGCCCUGUGCGGCCGCACAGCUCGCACACCCCAAAGCUCGGCCCUGAUUGCAUUAUCCCAUUAUUUUCUCUUUGACUGCAUCUGUAAAUGGAUGAAGGAAUGUGAUGGAAUGUUUGCAAUCCCCUGGCUAUUUGUAUCUUGUUUACAGAGCAGAGGCUGCUCCAGGUCCCAGCAUAAGAUCCCUGGCCCAUGAGUUAAGAUAAGAAGGGAAUUACUAAGUGGAUCUUUAAAGGCCCCAAACUGCUUAGCUCAGGCAUUAGAGGAGGUUGCAGGAAGCCAAUGUGGUUAUAAACUUAUAUUAAAUUCCACAUUCUCAGCAUAUAACCAUUCGUAGAAUGAGAUAAUAGAAGGGUCCAUUUGCCUAGUUCCCAUACCAUACUCAAAUAUUGCCGCAUUGUAGUUAAAGCUUCUCUUCCCAUGGUUGUAUAACGAUUCAAGGACAUUUUGUUGCUUGUAAAAAAAAUGAAUGAGACAGAAAAGUAACAGGAAAAUUGCAAUUUUAGACAAAAAUUGUAAAUACAAGAUACAUUUAUUUUAGUGUGUAGCACAUUUUUUGCUUAGAACCAUCGGGGUGUGGACUCAGGGAUAGGUUCUUUUCUUUUUCUUAGAUAUUCUUUUGGCAUUGGAACAUAACCUGUGAAUAAUAUGCAUAUUAACAAAUAUAUAAGGCUGAAUCAGCGUCCUUUGAUUAAUGUCAUUUAUGUCUGGGGACUAUGUUUCAAUUAAUUACUUGCAGGGUUAUUCACCAAACUCUCAACAAAUUGUUGUUAAUAAAAUCCAAGUGGCAAAACCGAGGGGGAAAUAUAUGAUCUGGAAAAUUGUAUAAUUUACAACAAAAAAAAAUGUGUUUAGAAUUUAUUGAAUAACCCUACACGUUUUCCCAUGAUGGACCCAUGGGUCAGAUAUAUUGCACAGAUGCAGUGUAAAAACCUGCAACCCUUUAGGAUGCAUUUUGUAUAAGCAUCUAUAAUUAAACUGACACUGUGGUCUUUGAAAUUAAUUAAUGUUAAAUCAUUUAAUGUUAAAAGUGCUUUCUUAGCAUAACCACCAAUAUAGCAUAUUGUACAGAAGAUUAUUCAAGAAGCAUUAGGUUCACUCGCUCAAGUUUUUAUUAAACGUUUUUGGGCAGUUUGACACAAAAUUAGGUUUUCUAGCACCAAAUUCUCAAGCUCGAUAGAUAGUGAGGAAUUUAAUUUGCUUAACCAAAUUUAGAUGAUAAGCAGAUUAAAUGAAUUCACAAUAUCUUCUUCAUUAUGUUAACAGCAACAGAGGGGGCACAGUUCGGAAACCAAGAGAACUCUGCUAAUUGUAAAACCACUCAAAAAUUAUUUAUUAUUUGACAAAAUAAUUAGAGACUGUACCCAAAAGCUGUUUGUACCAUAAACACUAUAAAUGCUGUAGCGGCAUUUUAUAGUGUUUAUGGUACAAACAGCUUUUGGCAGCUGAAUUUAAUAGUAUGAUCAACAUUUCUACUUUAACUGCAUAUCUAUUUUAUCCUCUAUCACUGUCAAUUACUUAUCUUAUCUAAUAUGCUUGCAGGAACUACUGUUGCAAAGAAAAAAGAUUUUAAUGAAAUCGAGAGCAAAUUUGCCCUUCGAACACCCGAGGAAGUCGAUGAAGACAAUUGUUAUCUAGUACCCGGACAAGAACACACUGUUAAUCAAUGCAAUUUCAACCACACAAGCAAAACAUUUGUUGUCAUUCAUGGUUGGACGGUAAGUUUGCGGAUACUCUGUGUGUGGGUGGGUAUUUAUGAAAAAGAAGGUAUCAAUACAGAAAUGUGAUAUUGUUUACUAUGAUUUUUCCUUUCUUCUGAUUGCAGAAUAGGCAUGAUACCUCCAUAAGCCUUUAUUUUUUUAUUUUAUUUUUUAUUUUUUUUGUAACUUAGGCUUCAAUUUAAUAGUUAAUAAUAUUGCACACGUUUCUAAAUUAUUUAAUAUUUUGGUGCUAAACUUUUAAAAUGAUUCAAUCUUUUAAAAAUAUUUUAAUAUUGCAAUAUUUUUUAUAGUUUUCAAUAUAUUGAUAUUUUUUUUUUUUUACAUGUAGUAUAGGUUUUCAUAUUUAAAAAUGUAGGAAAAAAACUUAUUUGAAAAGUUUAACCAAAAAUAAUAAACCAUUUGGAAGGCUAAUCCAACAAUAUUACGUUCCUUAAUUCCUUAAGGCUGAUUGACUGCUUCUUUAUAUCAGGCUUUUUAUAGUUUUGUUUUGUUUUUUUUGCAAAUCAGCAUAAUGAUGUCUACAGCGGUUUGGUUUAGGACUGCUUAAGGAGGUCAUUUUUGUUUAGUCGGAUUAGGUCUAUAAAUUGUUUCACAUACUCUACAAUGAGUAAUUAGCAAUGCAUUAGUAAGGGCCUGCUUGUAAAAAUUGUUGACAGGAGCUGACCUUAAAUUACUUUUUCAAUGUCCUUCCUCUAAAAGUAAGAAGGAGCAUUGUACUUCCGUGGACUGAGCCCCCAGGCACCUGCUAGUGACUUGCAAAUUCAAGAAUAUUUACUGAAAAUAUGCAGUCAUGAUGCUCAUUUGUGGAAUAGGGCAAUGGUAAAAAAACUAUAUAUAUAUUGUAAAUACAAGAUACAUUUAUUUUAGUGUGGAUAGGUUCUUUUCUUUUUCUUAGAUAUUCUUUUGGCAUAGGAACAUAACCUGCGAAUAAUAUGCAUAUUAACAAAUAUGUAUAACAGUGUUCUUCGGGCAAAAGAACACUCCUGGAGUAUUGCUGAAAACAAGAUGGCUGCCAUCGGAAGCCAUAUUUGUAUUUUGAAGCUAGCAUGAAUGGUAAUCACUUGUACAACAAGUAACUAGAAGCAUUGUGCAUUUUAAAAGCCAGUUAAGUGUUCUAAUUGGUUCAAUGCAUCACUUUAUGGGUGACAGAUUUUGAGGAAAACCUGGGUAAAUUGUCGGACAAAAUCCGAUCGUAAUUAAUAUUUUUAUAUUUUUUUACUUUAGGUGACGGGUAUGUAUGAGAGCUGGGUUCCCAAGCUGGUAGGAGCACUGUAUAAAAGAGAGCCCUAUUCCAAUGUUGUUGUUGUAGACUGGCUAGCCCGAUCCCAGCAACAUUAUCCGGUUUCUGCAGAAUACACUAAGUUUGUUGGCCAAGAUGUAGCGACUUUCAUUGAUUGGAUCGAUGUAAGUAAAUGUAACAGCCAUGAUGUCUGUCAUCUGUCAAAUUAAUUGUGAAACUCCUAAUCAAAUAAUAAUCAGUAUAAAACUAGCAUAACAUAAAUAUUUCACAUAGGCAGGAACUUAAUUAAGAUUUUAAACAACUUAGAGCAAGAACUUAAAUAAAUAGUACUAAACUAACAAAUGAUAUAAAAUGGCAUUUAAUUGUAUUAUUGAUAUGAAAUUGUAAUUGAUAGAGCAAGUACUUUUAAUGAAUAGGUGCACAGUAAUGGGAAAACUCACAUCCGUGAGAAAAUGACGAUGAGUAUAACGUCAAAGUACAUACUACGAAACACUGAUUUUAGAUAACAACCUGGCCUUGCUUUGUGUACACUACACUCUCACAAUAAAAGAAUAAAAAUCAUAUAAACCCACUGUUUUUAAACAGAUAAUUUGACAUAUUCUGCCUAGGAAACGUUUGUGGCCAAGUAACAUAAUACACCCACGUUCCUUAGAAUUUCAUUCCAUCCUUCCCCACCGAGCCUCACCCACACCCAACAUGUUUACCUAUUUCUCGACUUUAAAAAAUGCCCUCUGAUUUCCCUGAGCUAUUAUUCAUAGAAAUUUAGAUUUUCUACACUUUUACUUUUCCCCCCUUUUUGUUCCUCCUUACCACACUAUUUUUUUUAUGUUGCAUGAGAAUUUAAUGUAUUUAUAAGUACAUUCAAGACCAGUUGCUGGAAUCUCUUCAGGAACAAACACUUUCUCAUAGAAUGCAGUUUAUCCCGCUACACUAAACCCACACCUAUUUCAGCCAAGUUUGGUAGGAUUUUAGAUAGACUUUGAUUGAGAGAGGAACAUUUUCAAGGCUUUUCACCUAUCAGUUUCAUCACUGCAGUCCUGAAUUUUCAUAAAUUUCCCCUUUGUUGGGUAAAACUGUUGUCCAAUUUUUAACAAAUGAGAGAAAGCUUUUUCUCCCAUUACACAAUUUUCUUCACUAGAAGAAACACAUUUCUAUGUUUUGUUCACAGGAAAAGUUCAAUUAUCCAGUAGACAACAUUCAUAUUUUGGGAUACAGCCUUGGUGCACAUGCAGCAGGAGUUGCUGGAAGUCUUACAAAUAAAAAAGUGAACAGAAUAACAGGUAAGCUUUUAAGAAUGCAAAAUAUAGGAACCCACAAAAGAGGAAAAGGGGUCCUAACGUGGAGAACAACUGAAAAGAAAGGGGAACCCUACCUUCCUAUAUUUUGCACAUUAAUCUAUUAGAGGGUUACCCCUUCCUCUUAGGAGUUUGACUGUAGGUCAUACUUGUAGAGACAAUCCAUUAGCCCCUGACUCAUAUCCGGGCUUUUGGAUUGUACUCUUGUUUUUUUUUACUCUUUUUUUUUCCAAGGCUUUAAAAAUGUUCUUUGUUUUCCUACCACUAUAAUUACAGCCAACAGUAAUGGUGACUUGAUAUCAUGUCACCUCUUUUGGGCUUUUGUCAAGUAUUUGUCAAGGACCGAAAUGUUGGCAAUUCCCCUGAGGGUUGUAUCUCUUAAGCUGAUGCCCAUCCUUUAGGUGCUUGAUGAUGAUAAUGCAUUCGGUAGAAUUGUGCCCUAAAUACAAUAUUUUCUAUUACACAUAAUUAUUUUUUUGCAGGUUUGGAUCCUGCUGGACCUACCUUUGAGUAUGCUGAAAAUGAUGUAACUCUGUCUCCCGAUGAUGCUGAAUUUGUUGAUGUUCUACACACUUAUACAAGGGGAUCUCCUGAUCGCAGUAUAGGGAUUCAAAAGCCAGUGGGGCAUAUUGAUAUCUAUCCAAAUGGAGGAAGCUUUCAGCCAGGUUGCAAUAUUGGGGAGGCCCUUCGUCUUAUUGCAGAAAAGGGAUUUGCAGGUAAUUUAAACAGACAUAUCUUGAUAUAUUUAGUUCAAUAUUGCAUCUCACCGAGUUUGGGAAUUUCACCAUUGUGCCAUAAAAAUCUACUCAAGUCUCACUUUCUACCUAAAGAAUAAAGGGAUACACUCACCCGAGCAAUUACAAGUCAGUAUGUGGACAGUAGUAGAAAUAAUUAAAAUAUUUUAGUUUACUCUAUUCUAAACUAUCUCCAAAGCAUACAAAGAAUCAUAAAAGGGAUGUAAAAGAUAAAUAAAAUAUAUAUAUUCCUAACAUAAUAUUUUUUUUUAUAUCAAUCUACUAAACUGUGUUACUUACACGUGAAAUUAAUAAUCUGAAUUAUAAAAGUUUCAAGACUUAUUUAAGCUUUAGAUAUUUAGUUUCAAAAGAUUUCAAUCCAAUAUUGUCUUAUUAACUUUUCAUAUUGUGUUGCAAAGCAAUGAAGAGAAGUCAAGUAGCCCAUAAAGUUCUACUUCCUUUUAUCUUUGCUUCAACUUAAGUCCACCUCUAAUAUGAAAAUACUUAACUGGUGUGUGAUGAUAAAUACCAGCUACCCCAAGGGCAGUAGCGGCUGGUGAAGUUUAAAGAUGGUGGGGUGCUAAACUCCUCCCUCAGAAUUUUACUCCUUUUUUCAACCCCAUACAAACUGGUGGGGCACUGCCCCAGGUGCCCCUAUGGACGAGCCACCACUGCACAAUCGGCCUGCUCAAUCGGUCCCCUUUUACCCAAUCUUGUACACAAAAUAUAUAGGGAUACAGCUGUAGCCUUAUUGGAUUUGUUUUAAAAAGGCAUUUUUUGCUACAUCUACAUUUCACUGAAGUCCCUUGUUUUAACCAAGCUGGAGAGCUCUUGCACCAAGUGAAGUUGAGAAGUUUGAAGGGAAAUUGACCCCCCCAUAUUUCGGGGGAGGAACCCUGUGCACGCUAUAACAUCAUACAUUUUGUGAGUGCAAUCUUGUUUGGCCCUCCAUAUGUUAUUACACUACGCUCUAUUUCUAUUUGUUUUAGGGUACAGCUGAUUACCUAUAUAUUUUCUAUAUCUUUGCUCCAGUGCUGUUUCUCACCCUUCUUCUACACCCCCAUAGUCUACCUCUCCUUAUCCAGAUUGGAGCCUAAGAGGAAGCGUGUCACUAGACAUCCAUAAGAAUCUCUGGUAGAUCAAUAAUCAAUUUCUAUCAGGAACAAAUAAAUAGUUGGUGAACAUUUGCCUUUUGGAUGUUAUUUUGAUUUAUUUAUGAUUUCCUUUCUCACCUAAAAUUUAUUGUGACCCAAUGAAGCAUAGUAUUUCUAAUACAUCCUGCUGGCUAAACAAGGCCAAGAUCAAAGUACUGUCAAUAAAUCUAGUAUUACAAAGUUAUACCGAUAACAAUAUUGCAUAAUAAAAUAAUGUAUUCUUUUUCCAAAACAUUAUAUAUACUUAUCAUGCAUUUUAUACUUUGCAGAUAUGGACCAACUUGUCAAAUGCUCCCAUGAACGUUCCAUUCACCUUUUUAUCGACUCUCUUCUGUACGAAGAGAAGUCAAGCAUGGCCUAUCGAUGCAAUUCAAAGGAGGCCUUCGAUAAAGGACUAUGUUUGAGCUGCAGAAAGAAUCGCUGUAACACAUUGGGAUAUAAGGUGAACAAAGUACGUGGAAAGAGGUCCAGCAAGAUGUUUCUGAAAACAAGAGCACAGAUGCCUUUCAAAGGUAUGAAAAUUUAAAUUCACAUUAUCACAGCCCUACUUCAGCAGAGAUAGACUGAGCAGGGUACGGGAAAUGUAUAUUCCAUAUUAUGUUUGAUUAAUUUUCUUCUAGUGGGAAUUUUUAUACAUUUCAAAUAAGAAGAUAUCAGUUGUUAUUUUUGCCAAGUGUCGAUGACGAUACAAUGAGAAUAACCGUAUUAUUUCUGUUACUAUUUGAAUAGCAACAUGAAUUCUAUACAGUUUUGCUGAUAACAUUAUUUAAUCAUUAAUCAAUUACUUUUAAUGCCAUUUUACUCUCACAAUAUAGACCCACGUUAGAGAACGAUGCUCUCUCUGAUUCAAUUUACCAUAUUUAAAGAGGGCAUGUAUUCACAAGUAACCAAAUUAUAAAGUCCAUGGUAGGAAAUACAAUUUUACUUCUAUAUCAUUGCUGCCCGACUGCGGAAUAUAUACAUGAAGUUGGACUUUUGCCUGGAGGUUUCUUUUUAUCUUAUAAGUGGACUGCAAGCAUCGUGAAAAUACGCACAAUGCUCGAGUCAUCGUGAUGGGGUACACAGCAUUUUGGCAACAUAAACAGUGCAUUAAAGCAUUGACUCAACAACAUUGACAUUGUAGUUUAGAAAUGGGUGAUGUUAGUGUUAGGAUAUAAUCUGAAACUUAGAUAUACCUAGGAUGCUAUUAAUAUAUUUAUUGACAAAUUGUGCAGGGCAAUAUCGGUAUUGAAUGUUUUACUCUUUAAAUUGAAAGCAUGUGCCAUUUUGUUAAAAUUAUUAAAAAGCAUUCCGUUUAACAAUUAAACUUCUUAUAUUACAGUAAUUGAAAUAUAAUCCUUGCUAAAAAAAAUUUAAAAAUUAACAAAAAAAAAAUUCCAAUAAAUUUAUAGAUUUUAUAUACAGUAUGGGGUUUUGGUUUUUAUGUUCAUACAAUAAACUUAUCAAAAAAGUUGCAUAUUUUCCAACUGAAUGCUGAAUUAGUACAAAACAGUUGAAUUGGAAAAUAAUCUCCAGCUUGCAUUUUUUUUUUACUUUUUCUAAAUCUAUUUUGGUCUAGAGUCAGCAAUUCGAUAACUCACUAAAUCUCUAAUAGACCUCACAACUCUGAGAAAUAUUUUUCUGAGACAGCUGAUGGAAUUUAAUUGCACAGUUUGUUCCCUCGUAUCAGCGCUUUGAACUUCUAAGAACUCAUGCGUUCAUGCGUGAUUUGCUGCUGUACUCAUAAUAAAAAAAAUUGCUUUUAUCAAUGGAAUAAAAUAUGUUAUCUAUAUUGAUAUUUAAAAAGUAGACAUAUCUACUGUAAUUAGAAAAUGGAAAGACAAACAUUUUUUUUAAGAAUAAUUAUCAUUUUUUCAUGUUUUAAAGCAUUAGCUAAAUAUUUAUGGUUUUGUUGUGUUUGUUGAAGCAUGCCAUAACAUCUUUAUUUCUGUACUGGGUGACAGUGUAGAGAUGGAGUAUGACAAAGUUCUUGAAGGAAAAAUAAAAUAAAGACAAAAUCUUAUUUCAGUUUAUCCUACAAAAUAAAUAUUAAAGGUUUACUUUUAAAGGACCACUCUAGGCACCCAGACCACUUCAGCUUAAUGAAGUGGUCUGGGUGCCAGGUCCAGCUAGGCUUAACCCAUUAUUUUAUAAACAUAGCAGUUUCAGAGAAAGUAAUUGUGGUGCCUGGAGUCUGUAUGUGCAUUAACCUCUCUGUCACUUCCAGUAGCAUAACAGGUUGUCAUCAUCAUAGGGUUGUUAUCAGCCAGCCCAGAACUAGCAUUCCGGGUUAGCUAUUGUCAAUUCUGUGCAACUUUUUGAGAGAGGUCAGCUGAUGCACUCAGCCAAUGAAUGUUGACCACCCCGGCUUCUGACUUCUGCAGUUGCAAGUGCGUCACCAGACCACCAUGGAACCUUGGAGCCUGGUGGGGUCCCAUAAAAUGGGAUGUAGUGGUUGGAGUAACCCUUUAAACCAUCAAAUAUUUGAAAUAUACAUGUAUAUAUGUAACAACAUGUUUGGCAACAUGACAACAGUUGAUGCCAUGAAAUCUUGGAAAAAGAUACAGAAUAUAACAGGUGCUGUUCUCUUCUCUGUUUCUUUCCAGUAUUUCACUAUCAAGUUAAAGUACAUUUCUCUGGACAAAAGGACUUAACGGUCACCAACCAACCCUUGCUAAUUUCUUUGUAUGGAACCAAAGGAGAAAGUGAGAACAUCGCAAUCGCAUUGUAAGUGUCUAUUAAGCAAGGUGAUCCGUCAGUGACUUUUACAUUAUUAAUAAAAAAUGUUUUUAAACAGAAUGCAUUGCUUGCUGUGUUAGGGAUAUUCUCUGGUGCAAUAUAAUUAGAAGACUCAUGUUGUGAAGUAUAAAGUUUUUGAAAACUAUUUUUUUAAAGUUUUUUGUAGUUUUAUAGCCACUGUUUGAUAUCGAUCUUAGUGUGAGACUGAUUGUUUAAUGAUCACUAUAGAUACCAUAACCACUACAGUUAAGUUUUUCUUCUUUUAAAUAUAGUCUCCUCCUUUACUGUGUUGAUCCCCUUUAUGUAUUUAAAUGUUUCUAUCAUAUCCCCGCUGUCUCGUCUUUCCUCCAAGCUAUACAUGUUAAGAUCCUUUAACCUUUCCUGGUAAGUUUUAUCCCGCAAUCCAUGAACCAGUUUAGUAGCCCUUCUCUGAACCCUCUCUAAGGUAUCAAUAUCCUUCUGAAGAUACGGUCUCCAGUACUGCGUACAAUACUCCAUGUGAGGUCUCACCAGUGUUCUGCACAAUGGCAACAUUUAAAUAUGUUGAUGUUGAUAUCCAUAGGUUAAGCAGCAAACAACUUAUAUAAAAGUGCUAUUAUGCAUUUGAAAAAAAAUAGGUCAAGUUGAAAUGGCAUCUCCACUUAUUCAUGGCAAUAUCAUCUUCUGAUUUGUCCUAAGAGUGACGUUUAUUAUUGUUAUUUCCCUGCUCUUUUGAGACUAAACCAGCAGUAUCUCUGCCAUUAAACCUUUCAUGACAAUUUAAAAGAAAGACCAUCAUGAUAUGAUACGAUUUGCUUGUCCUGAAGAUAUUUAUAUUUGAAUGUGGCGAAGAGGGGCUAUAGCUAACAACAUGUAAUAAUGACACACUGCUAAUUGUUUGCCUACUAUAAAGACUAAUUUUGUGUUUUAUCUUUUAUCUUAUUUCUCUAGGCCUGAGAUUUCUACCAACAAAACCUUUUCAUUUUUAGUUUACAUUGAACAAGAUAUAGGAGAACUUCUGAUGUUGAAAAUAAAAUGGGAAAAGGACUCCUAUUUUAGCUGGUCAAAUUGGUUCACUACCUAUUCAUACAAUAUUAGAAAAAUCCGUGUAAAAUCAGGAGAAUUUCAGAAAAAGUAAGAUAUUUCCCAUCUAUCAUAUUGCCAUAUUGCCGUAAAUGCCAUAUACUAAAAUAAAUUCAUAUUGUAUAGUUUAUCCCAUCUGAUAUUUUAUUGCACAAUUUAUUUUUAUGUAUCAUUUCAAGAUAUAUGCAGUGAAUUAAAAAAACAAAAAUCAAUGGUACUCCUAAAUUAAAUCUCCAAACACCUAUCACGUGAUCAGUUAAUAGCAUCUAAUUCUCUUAGCUACGUUUUAUUUCGUUCUCAUUUUACUCAAAUACAUCUGUAUUUAUUUAUUUUAUUCUACAAAAGUUAUCUUGUAAGAUUAACAAAGUUCCGUUUGGAGAAGUAUUUGUAAAUGUUGAUAUUCAUCGUUUCAGGUUAAUUUUCUGUUCCAAGGAGGGCAACCAUGCCUCUCUGAUAAGGGGCAAAAACUCUAUAGAGUUCGUCAAAUGCAAUCAGCACUCCUUUACAAAGAAAAAAGCUUUGGUAAGUGUGAUGUUAAUUAACUGUUUAACAGAAAACACAAAUUUUCUGAAGAGAUACAAUUAACAAAAAAAGAGGGAUACGUUAAACGUACUUGUACAAUUUUUGAAGUCAAAAUAAAAAACAUAAGCAAAAACUAACAAAAUGCCAUUAUAAUAUAGGAUGUGCAUGUUACAUUUCUAUAAAAAUGCAUUUCAAGUGACGACUUGUUCCUUUUUGUUUUCUCAAAUUAAAUUCAUUGAACGGCCUCAUUGAACUUUAUAGCUCAAUGGUUUUUAAUAAGUUCUGCUAUGUAUCCUAGUUAUUUAUUAGUCCAUUCUCAGCUCCCAUCUUGCCUUUCAUUCAGCCAUGCUGUAGAUCUCAUUUUCUUAAAUGGACACUCCACUGCCCGAAUAAAAUACAAUUUUGUGUUUAUAUCUAAUAACAGAUUGCAAAAGCUGCAGUUCUUUUGCCUGCAGCCUUUGCAAGCCCUCUCCUUCUAACCCCACCUACACUUUCUGUGACUGUCCAAUCCCAGCCUUCUUUGCAAGACAGGUGUCUGGCUCUAUAGCAGGGGUUCUCAACGUUAGUCCUCAGGACCCCCUACCAGUCCAGGGUUUAGGGAUUACCUGGGUGUGUCUAAGGUGUUUAGAAAAAGAAAGAAAAAACACCUUAGAGUCUAAGGUGUUUUUUUCCCUUUUUCUAAACACCUGAGACACACCCAGGUAAUCCCCAAAUCCUGGACUGGUAGGGAGUCCUGAGGACUGGGUUGAGAACGCCUGCUCUAGAGUGUAGCUCCACUAAGCUAAUCAAACCAGGAAGUUACAGGACCUUCUUUUUGAUUGACAGCCAGAGGGUGUAGCAAGAUCCAUUAAUAAACGUGUUAAUUUCUAUUGAUAUCUGCACUUUUUGAAAAAUGAGAAAAGGGGACACACUCUUUACACAUAAUGCACUUCAGUGAGAUAACAUGAGUAACGUGUUUGGAAUCUUCCUAUAAUGUGUGUUGAGCUAUCACAUUUGGGACAAGCUAUCAAAGUGUUCUGUUCUAAAAAAGUGGGUUUAAGUACUAAAAGUAGGGCAAUCACCAAGGAAAUUGGUGUAACCAGCAGGCCCGCUACAUUGCUGACUGCGCCACCUUUAAAAUUUUGCAACACUUUUUAGAAGAGAACACUUUAAUAAAUCUUAUUAAAUCUUUUAACUCACCCUUAUAAUUUCUACCUUUUUCUCAGUAGUCAUAAUUUCAGAAAAAGUAAAAUAUAUAGAGAUGCACAAAGUGGGGUCUUUGAAACUUUUAGAACUCUUUAAUAAAUACGAUCAAAACAAUUAUGCUAUUUAACUAUUAGUUUCGAACACUUAACUUAAUAUACCUCAUUGUUUGUUUCUUUUUCUUUUCAUUAACAUGAGCAAUUAAAAAAAAUUGACAAUAGAAAAUGCAAAUUCUAACCCUCAGUCAACAACCUAAAAAGUUAUCCCAUUCAGUAGUUUCUCCAGAUGUAACUCUUUUGGCCAGGUUUUGAAAUUCACUUGUCAUGUUUUCACAAACUAACAAGAACGAAAGAUAAAAUGAGCAGACAACACGAACAAAUCAUGUUGUGAUAGCUAAUUAAUUCAAGCACAGCAUAUUUGAAUUUGUGUUUUCCUUUUUGCAGAUGUGAAACUAUUGUGCACUCCUAUUGACGUUAGUCAAUGACAUUGAAGGUGUGGAGAAAAAGAAGAGCCUUAUUCAGAACUGGAACUGCAUACACGGCACAUGGCAUUUAAAAUAGAGCAAUAGUUACUAUGUAUAGCUAUUAUUAAGAAAUACUAUAUUAUAUGUGUUUAGAGGUAGAGAGAGAAAACGUUACAUAAGUUAGAUUUUAUCGUUCUCUCUUUACUGAGAAUGUGGAGUGCGGGAGUGCUGCUAGAUUGAAGUGGCUUUCAAUUUUCUGGAUUGUACGCCCACAUACCCCGCAAACUCCCCCACCCCGCACACUGGAUAUUCUGUUUUGAGUGCCUCUGGUUUCUUUUAUAUCUGUUUUAUAAUAUGUUUUCUCAGUUAUGUUACUUUGAAUGAAUGAUUGCAUCUUUAAAGAUGUUUAUUUAUAGUUACAGGGAUUGGUACAAAGUUAAAUAACUGAGAAAAUUGAUAAAUAACAACUCAGAGUGUGUUUUAAAACAAAAUAUAUAAUUGCGAAAGGAGCCAAAUGCUGUGGAUUGUAAAUAUGUUGUGAAUAUAUUAUACAGCCAAAAUGUAUUACUGAAAGUUGCAAAAUUUAGCCGUACGUGCACUAAAGUUUAACAUUGAUUGAAUUUUUUAAAUGAUGACUUGAAACAACACAGUACUAAGUAACAAUUUUUAUAGCAAUAUCUGUUGUGAUGCCUGGGCACUGAAACAAUAUCUUAUUCUGCAAAGCGUCCCCAAUUAUUAGAACAGUUUUAUUCUCCCAUAAAAAAUGCAGUCAGCAAAAAACUGAUCUUAUCCCCUUUAAGACAGAACUUCAGAAAUAAAAGGCAAUCAUGACAGAAAAAUUCCGUCAUGUGCCCUUAAAGGGUUAUUCAAAGUUUGGUUUGUUUAAGAAAAAUAAAAAAACAUAACUACAAUGAUAAACUAAAAUGCACCUAAAAGCUUGAUUUUAUUUGUAAAUAUAAAUGUUUGUCACCUACACAGCUUGGCCAUUUUAUCGUACAGUAAGUAGCUUAUUCAUUACAGUGGGGAAUUCAUAGAAGAAUUGCAUUUUUUAGGCACAAAUAGCGGAAUAGGGAAUUUUUUUACAGUUACGCAUUUUGGAAUUUCUUUGUCAAUUUCCUACAGUUAUAAGCACAGGCUACAAUUUAAUAUUUUUGGAAACACUUAAAAUUAUCCAAUAUUUAAAAAAAAUAUUGUAACAAUUAGUUUAUAUAUUUAUAUAUAUAUAUA